AUGCUUUUUUUUGUUUCAAAAAGAACUAAGUUUGCGUCAGCCUGUUUUGGUAUUUUUAGUGUUGGUGCUCUUUAUUCCUAUGUGAAUAAUAAAAGAAGAGAUUAUCUGAAUCGAGAUUUUUAUUCUUUUUGCACUAUUAGAGAUAUUCGUCAAAUAUCUCCUUCUACAAACAUAUAUGAGCUUGAAUUUGAUCGACCGUCUAAGCAAUAUCAGAAUUGUCCAAUACAAAAUGUUUUACUUAAGAAUUCUGAUAUUCAAAUACAACGAUAUUAUACACCUAUUUAUAUCAGUCCUACAAAGGUUGUUUUACUUGUUAAAUUUUAUGAAGAUGGAGAAGUAAGUCGAUGGAUUCAUAGAAAACGUGUGGGUGAUCGAAUAGAACUUCGUGGUCCAUUUUUAGAGUGGCAAUGGAAUGACAAUAAGUGGAAAAAUGUUUUGUUUAUUGCAGGUGGCACUGGAAUUACGCCAGCAUAUCAGCUUUUAUCUUAUAUUUUUCAAGAUGGCAUUCAGUUUAUGCCUAAAUUCCAUUUGAUAUAUGCAAAUAGAAAUCCGGAUGAAAUAUUGUUAAAGAAAGAAUUGGACAGUUUACAAGAAAAAUAUUCAGAAAAUCUUAAAAUUACAUAUUUUGUAGAUUCUUCUCUAGAUAACAAGAUUUUGGAUAAUUAUUUGAUUAGAUCAAUAAAUUUACAUGAUAUAAUUCAGGCAUUUCCCUCGUCAAGUUGUACUGAUUCAGAUACAAUUGUCUUGGUAUGUGGAACUGAUGGGUUUGUAAGCUAUAUUGCUGGUCCUAAGGAUACGGUGUAUGGUGAACAAGGAAAUCUUGGAGGACUAUUAAAAAAGGCGAAAUGUCUUAAUGUCUGGAAAUUAUAAAUAUAUAAAAUUACAAAUUAGAGUUAAAUAUUAGAAUCGGUAUUUAAAAGCUCUCUUAAAUAAUUACUUAUAAGUGGUGAAUUCUCAUUUUGGUUUUGUAAAUAAUUGGAAUUGUUUUUAGUAAUAUCAUGUUCUUGUUUUUCGGAAUUAUCAGUAGAUGAAAUAUCUUUUAUAAAAUCGGCAUCAAUUGUUUCAACUAUUUGUUUAAAUUUAUAAAAUAAUGAUAUUGCUCUUCGGAGUGUAGAUCCAAGAUCUAUUGUCAUAGAAAGAUCAUUUACUAUUGUUGUUAGUUACAAAAUAGAUGAAUAAAAUUGAGUACUAUAUUUCAAAAUUUCAUCAAAAUCUUUAAGAUGAUCUAAAUAUAUUAAUCUUUUGCUUCCCAUUAAAAAUAAAUGU